GGCCUAGGCUUCGUGACGGUGUACAUCACCGCCCCCAAAGAGCCGAGUCCCAGCCUGCUGGGCUACAGAGUGUCGCUGCUGGACUUGGAGCGCUCGAAGCAGUGGCAGGUGGUGGGCGAGUUCGAGAACGUGGUGUAUGGUUGCGCGUUCCCCAAGCUGAUGCCGGUGCAUCCGUGCCUCUACUGGGAAACCACUCACGUUUUUUGUGCUGUCUUCUCGGACCUGGUCUGGUGGACGAACAACAACAGUCGUAUCACGAACGAAACGAUGAAGUAUAUACAGGUGGAGACAUUCCGCAUACCGACCGAGCCGACGGAAAGAAUAUACAGCAUUGGCUUUAAGCAUCCCCUGUACACUUUGGAGGUUCCUGCAGAUCCCACCGAGGGUGCGGGUGCGGGCGCGGGCGCGGGCGCGGGCGCGGAGAACGGCAGCGGGACGAGCGGGCGCGGAGAACGGCAGAGGAGGCGGGACGCGGAGGUCUCGACCUGGGAGGACCAGGCGUGGGUGAUCUUCCUCGCCCUCACGCUGGCCCUCCUCGCCGGCGUGCUGCCGGUCGUGCACUACCUCGCCGUCAGAGACGGACGCAACGAUGCAAGGAACGACUGGAAUGAGCAGAAGUGUGGACGCAACCCCUUUUCUAAGUGCCUCACCAACUGCCUAAACUGCUGUUGUCUCAAUAUAAUUUCCUAUACAGGAAAUGAGCGUUUAAGGCUCAGGGGAUUUAAACGUAAAAUCCCGCACCCAGUACCAGACCGAGUCCCAAAGACAGAAUCAGAAUCUGAAUCUGAACCUGAACCAGAACCAGAACCAGAACCAGAGUGA